CAGGUCGGGCGGCUGGCGCUGCUCCUCAGCUUCACCUUCGCGCUGCUCUGCUGUCCCUUCGCGCUCGGCGGCGCCGGCUUCCCCGCCGGGGCGGCCGCGGACCAGGGCGUCUGGCAGCUCCUCCUGGUCACCUUCGUGUCCUACGCCCUGCUGCCCGUGCGCAGCCCGCUGGCCGUGGGCUUCGGGGUCGCGGUGGCCGCCUCGCACUUGCUGGUCACGGCCACCCUGGUCCCCGCCGAACGCCCACGCCUCUGGAGGACGCUCUGCGCCAACGCCCUGCUCUUCCUGAGCGUGAACAUGUACGGCGUGUUCGUGAGGGUCCUGGCCGAGCGCUCCCAGCGGAGGGCCUUCCUGCAGGCGCGGACCUGCAUCGAGGACCGGCUGCGGCUCGAGGACGAAAAUGAGAAGCAGGAGCGGCUGCUCAUGAGCCUCCUGCCCCGGAACGUGGCCAUGGAGAUGAAGGAGGACUUCCUGAAGCCCCCAGAGAGGAUCUUCCACAAGAUUUACAUCCAGCGGCAUGACAACGAGAACCACUGCCGUCGCAUCAAGAUCCUGGGGGACUGUUACUACUGCGUGUCCGGCCUCACCCAGCCCAAGACCGACCACGCCCACUGCUGCGUGGAGAUGGGCCUGGACAUGAUCGACACCAUCACGUCUGUGGCCGAGGCCACCGAGGUCGACCUGAACAUGCGCGUGGGGCUGCACACCGGGAGGGUCCUCUGUGGCGUCCUGGGCCUGCGCAAGUGGCAAUAUGACGUCUGGUCCAACGAUGUGACCCUGGCCAACGUCAUGGAGACUGCAGGCCUGCCCGGGAAGGUCCACAUCACCAAGACGACCCUGACGUGCCUGAACGGCGACUACGAGGUGGAGCCCGGCCACGGGCAGGAGAGGAACAGCUUCCUGAGAGCUCACAACAUCGAGACUUUCUUCAUUGUGCCUUCCCACCGGCGCAAGAUCUUCCCGGGGCUGAUCCUCUCGGACAUCAAGCCGGCCAAACGGAUGAAGUUCAAGACGGUGUGCUACCUGCUGGUGCAGCUCAUGCAGUGCCGCAAGAUGUUCAAGGCGGAGAUCCCCUUCUCCAGCGUCAUGACCUGCCAGGACGACAAGCGCAGGGCGCUGAGAACAGCCUCCGAAAAACUCAGAAACCGCUUGUCUUUCUCGACCAACGUCGUCUACACCACCCCAGGCACCCGCGUCAACCGGUACAUCGGCCGCCUCCUGGAAGCCCGGCAGACGGAGCUGGAGCUGGCGGACCUGAACUUCGUCACCCUCAAGUACAAGCAGGCCGAGCGGGAGCGGAAGUACCACCAGCUGCAGGACGAACACUUCACCAGCGCCGUGGGGCUCGCCCUGGUCCUGGCCGCCCUGUUCGGCCUCGUCUACCUGCUGAUAAUCCCGCAGAGCGUGGCUCUCCUGCUCCUGCUGGUGUUUUGCAUCUGUUUCCUGGUGGCCUGUGUCCUGUACCUGCAUGUCACACGGGUCCAGUGUCUCCCGGGCUGCCUGACCAUCCAGAUUCGCACCAUCCUGUGCAUUUUCAUCGUGGUCUUGAUCUACUCCGUGGCCCAAGGAUGUGUGGUGGGCUGCCUGCCCUGGGCCUGGAGCUCCAGCCCCAACGGGUCCCUGGUGGUGCUGUCGCCCGGAGGCCAGAGCCCGGUGCCGCCCGCCCCGCCCUGCGAGUCCGCGCCCCACGCCCUGCUCUGCGGCCUCGUGGGCACCCUCCCCCUGGCCAUCUUCCUGCGGGUCUCCUCCUUGCCCAAAAUGAUCCUGCUGUGCGUGCUCAGCACGUCCUACAUCCUGGUCCUGGAGCUCAGCGGGUACACCAAGGCCGCGGGGGCCGACGCCGCCUCCAGGCGCAGCUUCGAGCCGAUCGUGGCGAUCCUGCUGUUCUCGUGCACGCUGGCCCUGCACGCCCGGCAGGUGGACGUCAAGCUGCGGCUGGACUACCUCUGGGCCGCGCAGGCCGAGGAGGAGCGUGCCGACAUGGAGAGAGUGAAGCUGGACAACAGGAGGAUCCUCUUCAACCUGCUCCCGGCCCACGUGGCCCAGCACUUCCUCCUGUCCAACCCCCGGAACAUGACCUUGCCUGGUCCCGGAGCAGAGGAGACACCGUGCUCCUUCCAGACGCGCUCGCCGGCUCAGCGCUGGCUCCUGGCGUCGAUCGUCACGGUGACUUGUCUAAGACGUAAUGUAACGUUUAACAGUUCUGUGUUUCCAACAAAGCUCAUGGACAAAGACUUUUACAAGGACCUGGAGAAGAUCAAGACCAUCGGGAGCACCUACAUGGCGGCCGUGGGGCUGGCGCCCACGGCCGGGGCCAAGGCGAGGAAGUCCAUCUCCUCCCACCUCAGCACCCUGGCGGACUUUGCCAUCGAGAUGUUUGACGUCCUGGACGAGAUCAACUACCAGUCCUACAAUGACUUCGUGCUCCGCGUGGGCAUAAACGUUGGCCCCGUGGUGGCCGGGGUGAUCGGGGCUCGCCGGCCGCAGUACGACAUUUGGGGGAACACGGUCAACGUGGCCAGUCGGAUGGACAGCACUGGGGUUCCGGGCAGAAUCCAGGUGACCGAGGAGGUGCAGCGGCUGCUGAGGCCGGGCGGGUACCACUUCCUGUGCCGGGGCAAGGUCAGCGUCAAGGGCAAGGGCGAGAUGCUGACCUACUUCCUGGAAGGCAGGGCCAACGGAACUGGCUCGCACCCCAGGUCCCUGAACUCGGAGCGGAAAAUGUGUCCUUACAGGAGGGCUGGCCUCCAGGCCAGACUGGCCACGGGCCACCCCCCGGUUUCCCCCAUGGCCGGCCUCCCGGGCAGGACCUCUGUCCACAGAGCCAGUGCCCAGCCGCAGUGGUUGGUUCGGGCGACUGCUCCGCACCCCGAGGUCCCCCCGGAGCUGCGCCUCAGCCGCCGGCAGUUCCGAACGCGCCUGCUCCCCGGGACCCAGGAGCCGCAGCCAUAUGUCCCCUGGGCGCAGACCACAGCCCGAACUUCCAGAUGCUUCCACGGGCCACCAGCCUCGCUGGCCCGCGCCCCGGCGUCUUCACCCUGCGGGGUACACGCCCCUGCAGACCCAGCCACCUGGACCUACUGUGUCCAUGUCUCCAAAGCCACCGGGGCUUCCAGAUACCUGGUGAACCGGAAGCAAUAA